AUGUUUGUUUCAACAUUACCAUAUCGCAUGCAACUUGAUCCUAGUUGGUCAUUUGAUGAGGUAGUAAAAUAUGUCCAAGAAAAAUGUUUAUCAAUUCUUACACAUUCUCAUUACCCACUUCAACAUAUUCUUGGUGAUAAUCGAUUAAAUCAGUCGAAUGUAUCAUUUCUUGAAACAAUGUUUGAUUUUAUUAGUGUGUCAAAAGAUGUCAAACAUUUAUGUUUGAAUGAUGUAAAUUUAGAAAAAAUAUCAUUGGAGCAAUCAACUGAAGUGUCUAAAUUUGACUUUUCAUUAACGUUUGAAUACAAUCCGUUAUCAGAUAACAAGAGAUUAUCAUGUAGUUUUAUUUGUUCAAGUGAUUUGUUUGAAAAAUCAACUAUUUCAAAAAUAGCUCAAAGAUUUGAAUAUAUGUUUGAGCAACUAUUUCAAACACAACCAAGCAACACUACUGUGAUGAAUGUGAGUUCAUCAAUUAACAAACUGUCUCUUAUUCUUCCUGAGGAAGAUGAAGAAAUGGAAUUAGCGGUGUUUCAUCGAUUGGAAAAUAUUGUGAAUGAAGUACCAGCAUCAUUUGCACAAGCUCGUAUUUGGCUCGACGAAAGAAUUCGAUUCGAUCCAGACAAGCCUCAAGUAGCAAUCUAUAAUAUGCCUUUUGUCUAUCGUCUGCAAUCAGGUCAUACUUUAUCCAUUAAACAACUUUGUCAUGCUCUUCAUCUUACUCUUAGCAAACAUUCCUCACUUCAUACAUCACUUCAUUUUGACAUCGAAAAGAAUCAACUUAUGCAACAAGUUAUUACUCAUGAAGAUAAAAAUAAUCGUAAUAAUAGUAUGUUUUCAAUCAUCGAAACCGCUUAUGAAACAGAAGAACAACUUAAUGAGAUUUUACACGACGAAAAACGUAAUCCUCAAGUUUUUAAUCUUUCUCAGGGUCUUGUCUUUCGAUGUCAUAUUAUUUAUUACAAACAAAUCUCUUCAAAUGAUCUACUUUCUGACAAAGAUCUACUUAUCUUUAACUUUCAUCAUGCUUUAUUUGAUUUUCCAUCAAUGAAAAUAUUUCAUCAUGAUCUCAAUCAAGCAUAUACAACAGGUAUAUUAUUAUAUGAUGACAACACUAAUCUACGUUAUCUCGAUUGUAAAUAUAAUUAG